CUGGCUCUGUCCGCAGCCGGCUCGGAGCCCCGGGAGCGGAGCCGCCGGCCGGGCCCGCCGCGCUGAGGACGCGUUGCCGAGCGGUAUGAACGGCCGGAGCCCGCUGCUGGUAGCAUGAGUGCUGGCCCCCAGGUGCAGCUGGCUGUCCUCUGGCCUUGGCUGCUCAUGGCGACCCUGCAGGCAGGACUGGGCCACACCGGGCUGGCGCUUGCGGCGGCCGUGGAGUCGGAACGGGCGGCGGCGCAGAAAGCCAUCAUCAGGGUCAUCCCGCUCAAAGUGGAGCCCAUCAUCCUGGAAGGGGAGUUCGCCAACGUCGCCGAGGUGACUCCAGCCGAAGGGAAACUGCUCCAGUCCCACCCACUAUCCCUGUGCAACACCAGCGAGGAUGAACACACGGAAUCGGGAUUCAUCACCAUCGUCAAGCUGGAACAGCCGGAUCGGGAUCCCAACCCCUGCCUGUCCCUGGCCAACAAGGCAAAGCUGGCAGGGGAGCGUGGAGCCCGUGCGAUCCUUUUUGACAUCACCGAUGAUGAAAGUGCUGCUGAUCAGCUGAGGAAGCCCAGAGGCCUGAGCCAGCCUGUGGUCCUAAUCAGGGGCCAUGACGCUGAGCUCCUCAUGGGCGUUGUGAACAAGAACAGAGAGGCCCACGUGAAGAUAGAGGUCAAGGAGCCACCAGCUUGGCCAGACUACGACGUGUGGAUUCUUCUCACAGUGGUCAGCACUGUGGUUGUCAUCAUUUUGAUUUUUGUUGUCCGCACAAAGUGCCAGCUGAACAGGACUCAGGACUCGGUGCAGCAGCAGACCCUGCAGGCCAUCGGGCAACUGGCCACACGGCGCUACCAGCCCCGGGCACGGCCGGCCCCGCGCUGGGACUCAGCCAGCAGCUGCAGCUCCGCCCCGGUCUGUGCCAUCUGCCUCGAGGAGUUCAGCGAGGGCCAGGAACUGCGGAUCAUCUCGUGCUCCCACGAGUUCCAUCGGGAAUGUGUUGACCCUUGGCUGCAGCAACACCACACAUGUCCACUUUGCAUGUUCAAUAUUCUUGCCAGAGACUCGGAGGACCAGGCCAUGGCUGCCAGCUCCAGGCUGGUCCCUCAGGAAAUGGAGCCUGGGCGGCGACUCCACCUUUUCCGCCAGCAUCCGGGACAUGCCCUUUACCACCUCCCCCAAGCAUAUCCUCAGAGGAACCUCAGGAGCUUUCCCCCAGAGCCAGCCCACGGCAACCCCUUCUUCCACUCUCCAGAGCUCUCCCAGCUGGAUUUUGGCACCAUCCACUACAUGCCCUACAGACCAGCCACCUCCCUGCUGGCCUGUGGCCACGUGGCCCCGCUGGCCCCAGGCUUGCUGGGGCAGCAGCACCCCAAUCCCUCUGCAUGCGGGCAGGCGCUGGCACCUCACAGGACAUGUCCCCUUCAGCCUCAGCCUCCCUGUCUGGCACCCAAGGCAGUCGUGGCACAGAAGCAGCACCGUGUGCCCACCCUGCGCCGAGGGCUUAGCCACGGGCACCAGCACAACAGCAGUGGCUCUGGAGAGAGCUAUCUCACGGAGCACAGCGGGUACCUGGCUGACGGGCCGGGCAGUGACUCCAGCUCCGGGCCCUGCCACGGCUCCUCCAGUGACUCCAUGUUGAACUGCACGGACGUCAGCCUGCAGGGCAUCCACGGCAGCUGCUCCACAUUCCGCAGCUCCCUCAGCAGUGACUAUGAUCCCUUCGUGUACUGCAGCUCCGAGGGCCCCACCACAGACCACGGCCAGGAGCAUCUGCGGCCGCCCAGGGAGAGGCGGCCCCGGUCCUUGGACCUGAUGGUGCCCGGGGGGGCUGCUCCGGCCAAGCCGCAGGUGCUCAGCCACAUCCACUACCACCACCACCAGCACCACCACUACAGGCAGGACACAGAGUGUUCCCCUGGGCGGGCCGGUCAGGGGCCCAGGCAGCGCAAAUCCCGGUAUUCUGGGGCCAAGGUUACCUUCCACAGUGCUCGGACACAAAAGAGGACUGCGAAAAGCCAUCACUCUCAGCAGCCUCUGGAAAGCAGUGCUGUGCUGCAGGAGGCAGCUCCAGCAGGCCAGCCAGCCUGUCCCCAGGAAGGCCAGGAGCCCCCUCACGCCCCCUCCACUUCUUCAAACAGGCUGGACUUCAGUGUAGAUGCCAACAGACAAUUGGGAGCAGCUGGCACAGCACCUGUCCCACCAACCCCCAGACACAGCUUACAGAGCAGGCAUCACCGAAGGAAAAGAAAGUGUCACCUGGAGCCCGACCCCGCUCUCCUGCCCAAGGACUCGGCCGAGCCCAGAGCCUGCCACACUCACCUUCCUCCCGGCCAUCCCACUGGCUACCGCUGCUCUCCCGAAGCCCAGCCCCUGAUCCCAAGCGCUCCCCUGCCCAGCAGCUCCCGGCCGCUCUGGAAAUGUUUAGUGCCACAGUCCAGCUCUGAGCUGAGGAAGCAGGAGGAGGGGUUGUCAGGACAGGAGAGAAACCACUCAGUUCCUGCAGAUUUCUCAGGGACAUGCACCCCCAGACACAGUCUGAGUGUUCGUCUUCACUGCCCAUCUCAGCAGGGUGGUCAGGGAUCUGAAGAGGAGGUCCAGGAUGUCCAUGAACACUCAGUUUAAUAAAACACUGGCUUGUUUGCUCACUGGGAGUUGGAGUGGACACAGAUGUUGAUGGAGCUUCUCACAUCUGACUCUGCCCAGCCCUGUCCUGCUGAGACACAGACUGGCAAGAGCAACGGGCCACUCGUGGUCUCCUGACACGUCCCCAUGCCCUGACAAUCACACAGACAGAGCCCUGCCCUCUGGGCCCAUCUCCUCUGGAGGCACAGGCAGCCCCUCGUCAUUGCGUGGCACCGCUCCAAGCUGGGCAGGGCUCCCAGGGAGAGCUCACCGAGUGAGUGCAAGCUGCUAUUUUGGCAUGUUCAUGCCACAGAAGGUUUUGCUAAAUGCUGCAAAAAUAAACAAGCCUUCGAGACCAAAAGCUGCAGAAAUUACUUUCUGUGGCCUGGUAGCUCCUGACUUCAUUUCCUCACUUAGGUCAAAAGUCAGAUUUCUUCAAUGAACUUUUCCAUGCUUAUUUCAGACACAGGAUCAAGCUAUUCUCCAUCUCACCGCUCACAGGGCUGCCCUGCAAGGUGCUGCUUCUGACUUCAGUGGAAACCAAGUGCUCUCAUCACUUGGUCACCUCAAUGUCCCUCAGCUGACACCGUCUCGGCCACUGACUGCCAGCAGCAGGAGAGGGGAAGACACAGGGACAUCAGCAUUUCUGGGAAGGAGCUGGGUCAGGCUCUUUCCAUUGCAAAGAAUCCACCCUCUCAUCUGGCAAUGCAAACAAAGUCUAUCACUCACCCCCUAAUUCCUACACUUACCCUCAAAUAGCUGUCAUGGCCAGCCCUGUUAAGAGCAUAUUUCAAACAUAUCUUAGAUGUCCCCAUCAGAGGAGUAAUACAAAAUCCUGGAUUUCACAUGGCUCCUGCUUCUCUCCUUCCUCUCAUUGCCCCAAUACACAGCAAAUAUUCCCAGCAAAAGCCUCCAUAAUAAAUGCAGAGCAGGGCCCUAUCCAUCACCCAGCCUUAACUUCAUAUUCUGAGACUCCUGAAAUCCUUCAAAAGGAUUUUUCUGUCUUUUCCAACAUUUUGAUGAUUCAGGGAGAAAACUUGAGAAAUCAUCAGGCUCUAGUUUAUUACGUUCCCACUCCCCGCAUUUAUGAAUAUUUUGGGGUUUUCUGAAUGUCACUGGUUCUUAUUUCCUACAUCUCAUAACUUGCAGACAUUCAAGCAAAAUAAAACCUGCCAAAUUAAAAAAUACAGAACCCGUGCAGCUUUCAAACAGCAGAGAAUUCCCAUCAGGUUCACUGCCCUAAAUGAUCAGUCAGGCCAAAGAAUCAGCCAGAUUCCCAUGUGAAGUGCACGUUUCUGUGGCACCAAGUGCCUCCAAGCACAAGGAAGCAUUGGUGAGGAUACAACACUGGAGCUAAAGACAACUCUUAACAAUUUGAAACUUGAUGUAGGGACAGACUUUCUCAUCUGCUCAGUAAAGCUUCCUGUGUCUUCCUUUAAAGCAGCAGCUUCUCAAGAGAGCACUCUGGUGAUGCAGUCCCAGUUCAGGAUAAUCCUUUGCCUUCCUUUGUUGGUGGGCUUUUUACGGGGUUUGCUGCCCUUAAUCCUCGAAAAAGGCAUCUUUUUCCCAGCUGCUAAUCAGUCCCUGACAGUCAAGUGAUCAGCCAAUAGCACUGUUUUAAACCCAGCAUUAUCCCCUUGUAGUGCUCAUUCCUUGUCUCCUUGUGACCAGGCCCCUGUGGGACCUUUCAGCCUAGGGAAGAGCUGAAUAUCUUUCAUCAAAGAACCCAGCAGAAUUAAAUUCAGACCUUUCCAGGCUCUUGUUUGUCCUACAGU